AUGGAUAUUGGGGAUAAUGGUGGGGGCUUCGGCGAGGACGACAUUGGUACCCAGCACGAAGUAAAGCCCAUGCCACGAGCCCUCCCGGACGAUUUACCCAAGUCUCUAGACGACCGCAAAAAUGUACCUGCGCAUUUACCCCAGGAGACGGAGAUGUACGAUGCGUGGCAAGGCGGAAUGAAGCUGAUGGGAUGGAAAGGACAAUCGCAAUUCCUCACCACGCCUGUAUUAGCCAAGCCGCUGCAGUUCAGCAACCUGUCCCUCGACGACGGAAACGAUGAUGUGAUGAAAGGGGAUAGCGACGCGCGGUUGAUGGAGAUGCUAGCUGCGCAGGCCGCGCAUAGGGAUGGCUCUGCGAGUGAAGACGAGGAUGCUGUUGCGGGCGACGAUAAGCUUUCUGAGAGCGAAAAGAGGGAUGCCUUGCAGAAGGCGCUGAAUAUGGCGGCUAGCAAUGGGGAUGUGGAGCGAAUUCGGAGGAUACUUGGGGGAAAGGCAAAGGACUUUGUGGAUGUCAAUGCGCCGGACGAGGAGGGGACUAGCCCGUUGAUUUAUGCGAGUUGUUUUGGUCAUGAAGCUGUCGUUAUGGCUCUGCUUGAUGCGGGGGCAAGUGUUGACAAUCAAGAUCGAAAUCAGUGGAGUGCCCUGAUGUGGGCUAUGACAAACAGACAUAAGGGGAUUGCGAAAUCACUCUUGGACCAUGGUGCUUCUCCGGAAGUCAAAUCAUCUUCUGGAAGGACGGCAUUCGAUUUCGUGGCCCCCGAUAGCGAGAUUUCGGGGUACCUGCAUGACAGCGGGUAUCAUAUUGGAAGUGCUGGGGUUACAGACGACUUUUACAAUCCGGGAUUCUCACAGGACCGGUUCGAGGAAGAAAUGGCAGAAAACGAGAUGAGGAGGCGGAUGAUGAUGGAGAGUGCUCGAGAUUUGGAGGUUGACUUGGGGAACGUUGGGCUGGACGACCAACCAGAGACCCCCGAAGAGCUUGAAGAAGAAGCUCAAGAGUUUGACUGGGCUCGAUGCUUACACGAUCAAAUGUUUGUGUUUCAGGAGAAUGAACUGGGCAGAAUACUCGAUAUCAUUAUUACCAACAUGACACCACAGCGAUCUCCAUCCCAAAAACCUGUUCCUGCUAACAUGAUAUUCCUGAGUGCUCGAUACGCUCACUACCAUGCGGACCAGAACCUACUUGCAACCCUUCUUGUCACUGCUAUGGACAAGAUCAAUGAUGUAGUGGAGAAGAAUCAAUGGGAUAUGACUAUCCUGGCCUUCUGGAUCUCCAACGCAACAUUGUUACUGCAUUACUUGAAGAAAGACGGCGGACUAUCGGAGUCCACGUCGGAAUUCCAGCUCCAGCUCGCCGAACUGAUCAACGAAAUUUUCAUAUUGAUCAUUAGAGACGCAGAAAGGCGCAUGGACAAGGUCCUAGAUUCGGCCAUGCUGGAUCAUGAAACUAUUCCCGGCUUCGAAGAUAUCGCUUUCCAACACGAGUGGAAGAUAUUCAAAAGAAAAAACCAAGUUAAAGAGGAACCAGCAGAAAAGCGGUUUCGACCUCCUUCGCCAAAACAAAGAGCCAAGCCCUCUCCUCGAAACAUCACAUCUCUCCUCUCAUCAACGCUAUUUGUACUAGAUUUGUACGACAUUCACUCUGUCAUCAUCGCUCAAAUCCUUGCACAGUUGUUAUACUGGCUUGGCGCAGAACUUUUCAACCGCAUCAUGUCAAAUCGAAAGUAUCUCGCAAGGACGAAAGCAAUGCAGAUUCGGAUGAACAUUUCUAGUCUUGAAGAAUGGGCUCGCUCGAACAACCGCCAACCAGAGCAUUACGAGCAUGGCUCGAUGACUUCGAGUGGUGAGCCAACUGUGGAGGCGGCGCGAAGGCAUCUUGCGCCCGUCAUUCAGUUACUCCAAUGGUUACAGUGCUUUUCAUCCUUAGGAAUGGAUGAUUUGGAAGCUCUGGUUGGCACUCUACAGCAACUGACCAGACUAACAUACCAACAACUGAUCCAUGCCGUGAAGCACUAUCGACCUGAGGUCGGAGAGAAAGGUCUACCGAAAAGCGCAAUGAGGUAUUUGGUCAACCUGCAGCGAGAGGCACAAUUACGGAAAGAGCGACAACGAAAUGCUGCGGCCUCCCCAACCACAACGCCCAAGAAGAAUGGCAAUGGACAGACGCCUGCGACACCCGAUACAAACGGGAAACCGAUCAUUCCAAAUGCCUUGAAGCCGUUACCUGCUGAUGAGCUACCCAUCGAAGACGAAGACGAUGCGCCCGAGCACCUCCUUCUGGAUCCAGCAAUGAUGUUACCCUUCUCCUUACCCUCAAGCACCGACAUGCUCAUCAGCUACGGUGCCGGUUUCGGAGGCUUGAACCGCGAGCGAGAGCGCAAAUACAUACCUACCGUCCCACCCGAGUUUCUCGCCAAGUUGGAUUUAAGUGGAGGGCGAGCGCAGAGUACGUAUGAGGAGAAGGACUGGGAGAAUGAAGAUGUGUGA